AUGAAUUUCCCUGAUAGGGACAGAUCUUUCCAAUGUCGCUACACGCAAAAAUAUACAGAAAAUGUUUUUGAUAUGGCUCGCCUGGAAUGUUUCGAUCCGAUGGGGAAGCCAUGUGUCUUUGAUGAGGACGACGAGGAAAAUCCGGAUGGAAAUAUGUAUGCAUUAAAAAUUCAUUUUCUUUUCACAGCUUCUCAAGAAAUGACCAAAACAGCGUUGGAUGUGCCAAAUCUUCUGCAGCGGAUGCUCAGCAUCGGCACCACCGAGAAGGGGAUGACAAAACUCGUUAAAGAGGAGGAACUCGUGCAACUUUGCGUUGAAGCAAAAGAUCUCUUCAUGUCGCAGGCGGCGCUUGUCGAGAUGAAUCCACCAGUGCGCAUUUGUGGUGAUAUACAUGGGCAAUACGGAGACCUCUUGCGGUUAUUCAACCAGGGUGGUUUUCCCCCGGCGGCCAACUAUCUCUUCUUGGGCGACUACGUGGACCGUGGCAAGCAUAAUCUCGAAGUGAUCACAUUGCUCUUCUGUUAUAAGUUACUCUACCCGAAAAACUUCUUCUUGCUGCGCGGAAAUCAUGAAACUUCAUCGGUGAAUCGAGCCUACGGCUUCUUUGAGGAAUGCAAUCGGCGCUAUCAAUCACAACGCUUAUGGAACACUUUUCAGGACACAUUCAACUGCAUGCCACUCUCGGGACUGGUUGCUGACAAGAUUCUCUGUAUGCAUGGUGGUCUCUCGCCAUUCCUCAAAACACUUGACCAACUUCGGGAGAUUAAAAGACCAACACAGGCUCAAACAAAUCCGACACUUGAGGUGGACCUCCUUUGGGCGGAUCCCGUUGUUGGACAAAGUGGAUUUAAGGCAAAUAUCCGAGGAGCCUCGGUGGGAUUUGGUGCAGAUGUGGUGGCGGCAAUAUGCACCGAGUUGAACAUUGAUCUGAUUGCCCGUGGACAUCAAGUGGUCCAGGAUGGUUACGAGUUUUUUGCCAAGCGAAAAUUGGUCACCAUCUUCUCAGCUCCGCACUACUGUGGUCAAUUCGACAACGCCGCCGCCGUGAUGACUGUUGAUGAGCAUUUGACGUGCUCUUUCGAGGUCUACCGUCCAUCGGUGGGCAAAAUGUUGACAAAGGUGACAAAAUGU